UGGAGCGCGAGGCUCGGCGCACGCACACACACCGUUCACACACACUUGCCUGCACGCGUGAAAGGUGCCACAGAGAGUGGGCUCACCGGAGGACUUUGAUUUUGUGUGUGGGACUAAUCGGAGCAUGCAUUUGCCAUCAAGAUAUCGAUCCACACCUCUAAACAAACCAAGUGAACCUUUCAAAGGAAAAGCAAACGGGGACAGAUUUUAAUGCUACAUCCUUCCUAACGGAGGGCGAUGCACUCGCCUCUUGUUCCAUAAACUGUCCCAGUUUAGAUGAAUGCAAAAACACAGCGCUGGAUAUAUUUUCUGCAAAGCCAUAUUUUUUUUGCGCUCGGGGUUUUUGAGGGGGGGAGAUUUCGACUGCAGCGCACAACAACGAGCGACAAUAGUGCGUGAUUGAGCGCAAUUUCCCAGAGACUCGGACUUGCCUCAGAGCGGAGUUUGACUCCUCAUCAUGGGGUACGGUGCACAAACUGAUAGAGAAAGAGGAAGAGUGCCGAGAUCCUUUCCUGAGAUGCUGACCGUGUCCUGGCUCUUGCUUUUUCUCCUGGUGGAUAUCGGAGUGGCUCAAGUUGACGAUGACUUCAUUGGUCUCGGUGAUCUGCCGGAGACAUUCCCUUCAGACCCCCCUGAGCCGCUGCCUGUGUUUCUGAUGGAGCCAGAGGAGGCCUACAUAGUGAAGAACAAGCCGGUCAACCUGUACUGCAAGGCCACGCCCGCCACCCAGAUCUACUUCAAGUGCAACAGCGAGUGGGUUCACCAGAAGGAGCACACUGUGGAGGAGCGGGUUGACGAGAACUCGGGCCUGGUAGUGAGAGAGGCCAGCAUAGAGAUCACUCGGCAGCAGGUGGAGGAGCUGUUUGGGCCGGAGGACUUCUGGUGUCAGUGUGUGGCCUGGAGCUCUGCAGGGACCACCAAGAGCCGCAAAUCCCAUGUCCGCAUCGCUUACUUGAGGAAGACAUUUGACCAGGAACCUCUCGGGAAGGAAGUGUCACUCGAACAGGAAGUGUUGCUCCAAUGUCGCCCACCUGAAGGCAUCCCAGCUGCUGAGGUGGAGUGGUUAAAGAACGAGGAAGUUAUUGAUCCUGCAGAUGACAGAAACUUCUACAUCACCAUCGACCACAACCUGAUCAUCAAACAGGCCCGCCUUUCUGACACUGCCAACUACACUUGUGUCGCCAAGAACAUCGUGGCCAAGAGACGCAGCACCACCGCCACAAUUAUCGUCUACGUGAAUGGUGGAUGGUCGACAUGGACAGAGUGGUCAGUGUGUAACAGCCGCUGUGGCCGUGGUUACCAGAAACGCACACGCAGCUGUACCAACCCAGCCCCACUCAACGGCGGCGCCAUAUGUGAAGGGCAAGGCAUCCAGAAGCUGGCGUGCAAUCCUCUCUGCCCAGUGGAUGGCCUGUGGACUCAGUGGAGUAAGUGGUCCACCUGUGGGACAGAGUGCACCCAUUGGAGGAGGAGGGAAUGCGGCGCUCCGGCACCCAAAAACGGGGGAAAGGACUGUGAGGGCAUGGUGCUCCAGUCCAAGAACUGCACCGAUGGGAUGUGCAUGCAGAGUUCCUUAUAUCAGAAGUCCUCUGAGGCAAAAGACAAGAGUGGUUUUGGAAAUUCAUUGGCCCCCAGUACAGAUGAUGUAGCUCUGUAUGUGGGUAUUGUCAUAGCGGUGAUCAUGUGCCUGGUUAUCUCUGUCGUCGUGGCGCUCUUCAUCUACAGGAAGAACCACCGCGACUUCGACUCUGACAUCAUUGAUACCUCCGCCCUCAAUGGAGGCUUCCAGCCAGUCAGCAUCAAGACUUCCCGCAAAGCCGAUCUCCUCACAGCACCCCCUGACCUGACUUCAGCGGCUGCCAUGUACCGCGGGCCCGUCUACGCCCUCCAUGAUGUGGCUGACAAAAUCCCCAUGACCAAUUCCCCUCUUCUGGACCCUCUUCCCAACCUGAAGAUUAAGGUGUACAACUCCUCAGGCUUAGUGACUCCACAGGAUGACCUGGGAGGGGAAUUUUCGUCUAAAUUGUCACCUAAGCUACCGCACUGCCUCCUGGACAACAGUGACUGCACGAUGGGCCGUCGCACGCAGACCCAGACGUUGCUCCGCACCAGGGAUCCGUCCUGCUCCGCACUGGGCUCCUUCAGCUCUCAGGGGGGACACCUCAUUGUGCCCAACUCAGGAGUGAGCCUGCUCAUUCCAGCAGGGGCCAUUCCUCAGGGCAGAGUGUAUGAGAUGUAUGUGACAGUUCAGAGGAAGGACAACAUGAGGCCCUCGGUGGAGGAUGGCCAAACGGUGCUUAGCCCUGUGGUGAGCUGUGGGCCCCCUGGGGCCUUGUUGACUCGGCCCCUCAUCAUAACCAUGCACCACUGUGCCGUGUUCGACGGCCAACAGGAUUGGCUGAUCCAGCUCAAGAGCCAGUCUCCGCAAAGCCACUGGGAGGAUGUGGUGGUGGUGGGAGAAGAAAAUUUCACCACGCCGUGCUAUAUCCAAAUGGAUGACGAGGCCUGCCAUAUCCUGACAGAGACACUGGGCACCUCCUGCCUAGUGGGCCAAUCUCUCAGCGCUGCAACCACCAAGCGCCUCAAACUAGCCAUUUUCGGCCCUGUCACCUGCCCCGCCAUGGAGUAUCACAUCAGAGUCUACUGCCUGGACGACACACAGGACGCAUUCAAGGAAGUCCUACAGAUGGAGAAGCAAAUGGGAGGGAAGUUGUUGGACGAACCAAAGACUCUCAACUUUAAAGACAGCACCCACAACCUGAGACUUUCCAUCCACGAUGUCCCCCACACUUUGUGGAAGAGCAAACUACUAGCCAAGUACCAGGAGCUUUCCUUUCAGCAAGUGUGGAGCGGCUCACAGAGGAACCUCCACUGUUGCUUCACCUUGGAGCGGUUCUGUUCCAACACUGUGGACCUGGCCUGUAAGAUAUGUGUGCGCCAGGUGGAGGGAGAAGGACAGAUCUUUCAGCUGGACACUAAACUGUCAGAGGACUCCCAGAGUAUUGACACGUCUCUGCUGGACCCAGCCAGUAACAUCACCACACUGGUGGGGCCCAUAGCCUUCCGCAUCCCCGUCUCCAUCCGACAGAAGUUGUGUGGCAGUCUGGAUGCACCACAGACCAGGGGAAAUGACUGGAGGAUGUUAGCUCACAAACUUAACCUUGACAGUGCGUGUUCAUUUAUAAGGUUCCAGCUCAGCGGGGCGGCCUUAUCACACGCAGCAGCUGCAGAUUGACGAGACCACGAACAGAGUGCCGGGUGAAGGAAGGAAAGCACAGGGGAGAGACUUGAAUCAGCCUCUCAUUCACAGUGAUGAUGCAUACAGAGUGUAGUGUAUCCAUAGGGCUCAUUAGUUCCCAUUUACAUUUUUUUCACAUAUAAAUCCAGGCAUUUAUGUGUGUUUAUUUUGAAUAUCAAAAACUCCAUGAGACCAUGACCAAAAAUAGAAUUUAUAAAAUAUAUUUUCCAGCCGAAAUGCUGUGAGAGUUAUUUUAAUGUGUUUAUUUCAUUACGUAAAGAGAGUCUUGUGCAUCGUCUCCCCACUUUCAUCUUAUUUAUUUUCUGUGCUAUGCUUGAGGCAAGAAACUUAAUUUACUGAAAACUACAAAGAUGAGCACUGUUUUGCAGUUUUAAACCGAUUGGCUGUAAGAUACCUGUACAGCUGGCAGCGCCUAAACAAUGUUUUUCAAACUAUUUCAGCUCCGCAGCCAAGCCCUAUCUUCUAAUUCAAGUAAACCCACAUACUUCUU